UAUUAGUUUAAUUAUUUAGCAUCAAAAAAAUCUCUACAAGACGUAGAAUACUUUUGAAAACUGAAACAUCUGUUCUUUUAUGUAAAUUUCAGGGAUGCUGUUGCGAUUUUCCAACUUAAAUUUGUAGGAAAGGGCCUCAUUGGUUCGUCUUGUGCAAUUAAUAACAAUAUCUCAGCUUCCAUUUGACAGGUAAUUUCAUCAAAAGGAUCUGACACUUCAUUGAACUUACUGCUUCUAGUUUUGAGGAGCUACAUCAAAAGCGAUCAUGGAUGUGGAUUCACAACCAACUAUGGAGGAAACUAUUUUGGUUGGAGAUGAUUUGAUGAUGGGGCCACCAUCUCCCAUCAUUCCACCAGAAAUUGCUUCUCAUGUGCUUCAAGGUCUUAACUUGUGCGAUGGGAUUCUAAGGAACCUAUUUUUGUGUUUGCAGAUCAAAGACAUUGAACCUUUCUGUCAAGAAGAACUUGCUCUAUAUCGAGAAUGUGCCGAAAAGAGGGAUAGGGAGAUUAGGGAGCGGCUUCAAGAUAGUGAGCACAAAUUGGGUAUGUCAAUGCCUUUAGAUGAAGCAAAUAAAAGAGCUUCUCAGCUUGAAUCAGAAGUUACAUCACUGGAGAGGCGCAUGAUUCUUGCUAGUGGAACUGAAGGUGUUGAAGGAUUUCGACAGAGGUGGAGCUUGCACGGUCGUCUUACAGAUACCAAGAAAAGAUUGGAGUACUUAAAACAGGGCAUGGAGAAAAGAAAUAAGGAUGUGGUAAAGGAUGAGCCAGCUACAAGUUCAACUACUAAAAGAUGGUUCUUCUGGUGAGUUGCAUUUGUACAACUUGUGGAUAGUUCUUGGUCAUGAAAAGACUUAAUGCCAAUAUGACCCUUGAAUUUGCAUGCAAUGAGUAAUUAGCAUCAAAUUUAUUAUUAUUUUUCAAA